CCGAGGUGGUUCGGUGCCUGAACAGUGCCCUCCAGGUGGGCUGCGGUGCCUUCGCCUGCCUGGAGAACUCCACGUGUGACACAGACGGCAUGUUCGACAUCUGCAAGUCCUUCCUCUACAGCGCUGCUAAAUUCGACACUCAGGGAAAAGCUUUUGUGAAGGAGAGCCUAAAGUGCAUCGCCAACGGGGUGACGUCCAAGGUGUUCCUGGCCAUCCGCAGGUGCUCCACAUUCCAGAGGAUGAUAUCCGAGGUGCAGGAGGAGUGCUACAGCAAGCUGGACAUGUGUGGCAUCGCCAGGCGCAACCCCGAGGCCAUCACUGAGGUGGUGCAGCUCCCAAACCAGUUCUCCAACCGGUAUUACAACAAGCUGGUGAGGAGCCUGCUGGAGUGCGACGAGGACACCGUGAGCACCAUCAAGGAGAGCCUGAUGGAGAAGCUGGGGCCCAACAUGGCCAGCCUGUUCCAGCUGCUGCAGAGUGACCACUGCGCCCAGGGCCACCCCCAGGGCCACUUCCUGCGCAGGAGAAUCUCAGAGCCGCAGAAGCUGAAGCUGCUCCUCAGGAACCUCCGAGGUGAGGGCUCCACUCUGGCCCACGCCAAGCGCAGCUCCACCGAACAUGCCUGACAGGGCUGGGGGAGGCCGAGCACAACCAAAGCUGAGGGCUCUGCUCUAGGAGAGUGCUGCACCCAAAGCCAGAGGAUUGUAGGUAUUUUAAUCCCCCAGGAGCUAGGUUUAGCUUCUCAGGGCUCAUUUAGUUCAUUCAUCUUUUCUGUUCCUCUCGAGCAACACUUCUGCAUUGGUCUGUGUUCGGUGUCGCGGCUUUCCCACCUGCUAAGCAGCUCUGUCUCUUCUCUUCCCCACAAAAAAUCUGUUAGCCCAAAAGAUUCUUAGUCUUAAGUAGAUCCCUGCAGUGGUCAUUCCUUCAGGCAUCAAACUCCUGACAUUUGGAGGCAAAGCUCUGUCCCAAACUGUUGCGCUGAUGCCACCCAGGCCUGGAGAUUCGGCACCGAUGGGAGGAGCUGGUCCUCUCUUGCAGGUGACAAAAGAUGCACUAAAAACUCUCACACAUCCUAAAAACACCCAUGGAAUUCAUGUCAUGAAUCUGUGCUGGCCAUGGAGGAACAUGGAUGCCACGUUUCCAGUCCUGUAGCGUCGCCCUCAGCCCUAAUCCUUCCAGCAAGGCACUGUGAACACGUUAAAAUUGGGAUUUACCAAACACGCUGGAUGGUUUUAGUUGCCAGGACCUGGUACCACGGUGCAAAAUGAGUUCAAACCACCUCACAAACCCCAAAACCAGGAGAGGGAUGUGUUCUACUGUGGAAAGAGGUGCCAGGAGCCAGGUCAGGAGGUCCCACACUUGUGCAUUGUGUUUCAAAGCUCACAUCUCUGUACUGUAUUUAACUGUCUGAAGCUUUAAGCGAAGCCUAACAGAAACAAAGCCUGUCUUAAGAUUAGAGUAUUAAAGGCCUUGCUCUAACUGUGGUAUAAAUAGUACUAAAAUCUGUCUGUACUGCACAUAAACUCCACCAGAGCCCGGUGCAAAGGAGCAGAACAGAGUAACUUUAUUGCCUGAACUGAGUUUUGUAAGUCUGCUCUUUCUCUGUCAUUCUUUUGUGUUUCGUGGAGGCAGCAGCUCUGUCACAGGAGAGAGUUCACCUUCCACGCUGUGGCCUUUCUGGAAAGGAGGAGGGGAAAGGUUUAGGAUGGGAAUUGCAGGGCCAGGAAAAGCCUUUCAGAGCUCAAAUCAAGGGAAAAUGCAUAAAAACCCAAAUCAGGCUGGUCAGUGCAGGCCCCAAGGAGAUGCGCUUAGACCCAAGGCAGGGGAUUUUGGAAUUAUCAGAUCCUUUCAGAAUCCCUCAGGAUUUCUGGGGAAAGGCAGGGAAAAUCCCUCAUUGUCUCCAGCUCCAGCAGGAAGGCUGAGGACACAGAAUCAACGUUCCAGGAGCUGCCUUUCCUUUCCCCCAUCCUCCUGCUCCUCCUCAGCGGGCUCUGGGAAGAGGAGCGGAGCUGGGAGACCCCAAACCCACCCCCCACUGCAGCCAGGCUCUGGUCAGCCAAAAAAUCCCCUUUGUGGUGUGGGAUCCACCAGACCAAUCCCAAAUCCAUCACCUGGAGUCUCAGCAGAGUGGGAGACUCUGCCUCAGAUCAUUGGAGAGCUGAUAAAGGAGGGAUCUCUUUUUCUUAGGGAAACCUGAAGCAAUAGAACUUUAUUUUUUUGGUGUUGUUUGGAAAACCACAAAGCCUUUAAACCAGAACUUGCUGCUAAAAUAUCAAAACCAGAAGCAGUGGCAACGUUUCAGAUGUCACUGUCUUCACAAAAUGUAGCCCAAAAGUGCUGGCAGAGAAUUGGGAGCAGCAAAAAAACAUUGCUGACAUCGGUGGAGGGUUGGAAUUUGUCUCUUUUUUUUGGGAUACUCCGAAUGGAGCCAUCCAGGGCAAGGAAGAUGCAAAGUUGCUCAUUCCUGAAUCAGGCAGGGAUUGAGAGGCCGACACAAAGAAGUUCUGAGAGGUGAAAACCAAGAGUUUCUGGAAUAUCCCGACCCAAAAAAUUUGGUUUAUAUUGAGGAAUCAAUCCUGGGAGUGCAUCCCUGACUUCCCACCCCAAGGCUGUUGGGAGCCAGGGAACUCUGCUGGACUUUGUGCAUCCAGUCUGUGUUUUCCUUUGGGAAUUGGUCACAAAAAGUCUUUUCCUGGCUCAGGGCAGUGGUCAAACCCCACCUGGGAGGCUCUGCCAGUGCUCCAGUGCUGUGGGAUCCCAAAGCUUCCAAGAGCUUUCCAAGGACACCUGGGCAGGGAUAUUCCCCACGGAAAGCGCCUUCUCCAUCCCCCCAUUUCUCUGCAGUCCCAAAGGUGCCUGAAGCAGAUUCGGGGCUGGGAAGGAGCCUUGGGCCUCCCAGUUCCAUCAUUUCUUUGGGGUGCCAUAAUGAAAUUUCCCUUUCCAGCAGCGAUUUCAACUUUGUCUCCGAAACAUGGGUGGGAAGAGGAGUGGGAAGAUGAUUCCUCCUGCUGGGAUUUGCUGCGGUGCCCCAGGGAAUCAUCCCCCAGAGCCCCAGGGAAUUCCCUCUGUGCCAUCCAUGUCCCAAAGAGCCACAAUUCCUGAUUUUUGAGCUGCUUUGAGGCCCCUUUUGCCCCUAUGCUGGAGCAGGGAGGAAUUUGGGAUCACGCAUCCUUCGACCAGGCUGGGCACUCCCAGCUCUCCCUGCUCAGGAGAGGGGAUCUGGAAGCUCUUCCCAUCCCUUGGGGAUGCUGGAAAAGUUUGGAUCCCUCGGGAUCAGAAACAACCCCCAAGAUCGAGUCCAACAAUUUCACCUCGGAGUUCAGCUCCGCUUUAUUUUUGGAGCGUCACAAAAAAGGAUUUUCUCUUGGGGGCGGGGAAGGUUCGCACGAGUCUCGCGGUUUGUUUGCACUUUAGACGUUUUUGUGCUAUUAUAAAUCUGCGUUAUUUGUAUUUAUAAUUUAAAGAGAUCUAGA